CAGAGACCAGAGACCAGAGACCGGAGCGGAUCAGAGAUGGACCGCUGCAGUCCGUCCCUGCUGUAGGUCCGUGAUGGCCGCUGGGUUUCCUGGACGUGGAGGAGACCGAUCCAGAACCGGACUCCAUGCUGGUCGUCAUGGCCUCGCUGGACGGAAACACGUCGGUUGAGACGCUUCUGGCAGCGAUCCAUCUGGAGAGGUACCUGGACGCCUUCCAUCGAGCCGACCUCCUAUUGGCUCGAGACUUCACCCACCUGGACAACGAUGCCUUGGUCAGUCUGGGUAUAACGGCCACCGGACACAGGAAGAGGAUCCUACGAUUGGUCAGUCACAUUCAGAGGCUGGACAGUCAGAGAGCCAAUCAGAUAGCUAACCCCCCACGUGACCGCUGUCAGUCAGUGUCGGACAUUUCCUGGUCAGAGCGAGGUCCCGGCUCUGCAUCGCUCUGUCAGUCCUCAGGACCCGUUAACUUUGAGGCGUUCCGGAACAGCUCGGCGCCGAACCUCAACGCCAUGCUGACCGGCUCUGACGGCAGCAGACCGGCGGUGAAGCCGGUUCCCAAACCCAGAACUGUCUUCAACCGCCGGAGGACAGCACCGAUCCACUUCUGUCCAACCCCAGACCCUGCCACGCCCCCGUCCAGGAGGCUUUCCCAGGAGUCCAUCUGUUUUACUGUGUUAGAGGGUUUGACCUCAGGGGACACGCCCACACCUGAUGACAGGUUGACCUCUGACCUCAGCGACAAGUCAACCACGUCCAGCCGAAGACCGAGUCAGACGGAGAGGAGGAGGCCGAGUCGUAGCUUGUCUCUGUCAGACGCUGGAGGGUUGUUACCUCCUGUUCCUCCGAGACUGAACCGUGGGAUCUCCUCCGCCGUGUCCCAGGUGUCCCCGCCCUCCUCCUCCUCCUCUUCACCUGUACGGACUGAGCAGAACCAGACGCCUCCUGUGACUUCCGGUCCCGGUAGUCUUGACAACAGCAGGCUCUCUGGAUCCUCUGGUUCACCCAGAGGUGGUGGGAUGGAGAUGGUCUCUAACGAGAUCUACUGGGGGACUUUACCUGGUUCUACUGCCCCCAGUGGAGGGAGGAGUUACUGCAGCCAGCAGUCAGCUCCUCCGACUCCACCCAGACAAACACCUGAGAGGAACCGCGAGAGGAAUAGUGGCAGCACUUUAAGUAACAACUCUUCAGGAUCAGCCAGAGCUUCAACAGACGACCCUGAGGAGGAGAUCAGCCCUUACUGUGAAACCGUUUAUCAAAGCAGACGAAAUCCUCAUCCCUGUGAGAGUGAAAGAAGCAGACUGGAGGACAGACAUGCAGAGGAUCAUGGGCUCCAGAAGUUCUCCUGGACGAAGCGUUUAUCUCAGGCUCUUCACUCCGGAGACUCUCAGGGUUACAGCACCGUCGGAGAAGCUCCCCCCCCCAACCGCUACCUCUCUCUGCCAACACACACCUUCGCCUACGAGGCCGACGAGGACCUGACCAUCUCCCCCUACGCCAGCUACACCUCGCUGACGGAGAGAGCCCCGCCCAUCAUCAGCGGCUGGCUGGACAAGCUGUCUCCACAGGGGAACUAUGUUUUCCAGAAGCGCUAUGUGAAGUUUGAUGGAAAAAACUUGAUGUACUUUGGCAGUGAGAAGGACGUCUACCCUAAAGGAGUGAUCCCAUUGGCUGCCAUCCAGAUGGCCCGCCCCUCCAAAGACAACAAGUUUGAAGUCGUGACGAGUCACAGGAUCUUUGUUUUCAGGACGGAUAGUGAAGUGCUGAGGCGGCGUUGGGUCGGCACGCUGCAGGAACACGUCAGGGAUCAGCUGGUGUUCGGUCGGCGGCGCUUCGGUCCCGGAUCUCACUGUCAGAGACACGGAGUCCUGGAGCUGAAGGGGACCAAGUCCAAAGUGUACGCCGCCAUCAACACGGAGCAGAUCUGGAUCUACAAGAGCGAACAGUGUUUCCAUAACGGGAUCGGCAUCACGGUGAUCGAAGCUCGAGGAGCGACGAUCCGAGACGGAAAACACAAGAGCUUCGACCUCAUCACUCCGUACAAAAGCUUCAGCUUCACGGCGGAGUCGGACCGGGAGAAGCGGGACUGGAUGGAGGCGCUGCAGGAGGCCAUCGCAGAGACGCUGUCGGACUACGAGGUGGCCGAGAAGAUCUGGUCCAACCGAUCCAACAGGAUGUGUGCCGACUGCAAGACCCCCAACCCGGACUGGGCCUCCAUCAACCUGUGUGUGGUCAUCUGCAAGAACUGUGCAGGGCAGCACAGAGGUCUGGGGACGAUGGUCUCCAAGGUUCAGAGUCUGAAACUGGAUACCAGCGUGUGGAGCAACGAGAUAGUCCAGCUGUUCAUCAUGCUGGGGAACGACCGGGCCAAUGACUUCUGGGCGGCCCGGCUGUCGGUGUCUGACGAGCUGGACUGCGACGCCUCACCGGACCAGAGGAGAGAGUUCAUCUCCCAGAAGUACCGGGAGGGUCGAUACCGGAGGCCUCAUCCUGGAUUCAGCUGCCAGGAGGAGCUGCUCAAGGUCUUGUGCUCGGCGGUCUCUGAACAGACUCUUCUGAAAACGGUCACUAGCAUUUUCUCGGAGGCGGAGUCAGCUCGCCUCCUUGACGACAACAAUGGCUGCCGACAGCAUCAUCACCUGUUGGAUCGCUGCACCGCGUCAGACCCCGGCGUCUACGAUGAGAUCAUGCAGACCGUCCUCCACUCCGGAUACCUCUACAAGUCCAGCUCCGUCCACCGGGGGACAAUGUCCAGGAAAACUAGAGAAGACUUCCAGAAGUUCUGGUGCUCGUUGGACCGGUCUCUGCUCUUCUACGAGUCGGACCGCUCAGCUGAUCCCUGCAUGCAGAUCAGCGUUAAAGACAUCGUGUGUCUGGGCGUCAGUCGACCCGACACCUCCAACAGCAGCAACGGUUUCAUCGACAGGUUCCGUUACACCUUCGAGUUGUAUUUGACUUCAGAGAAACUCUAUCAGUUUGGUUUGGAGACGGCCGACGCUCUGCACAGCUGGACCAGGUCCAUCGGGAAGGCUGCCACCUCCCUCAGCUGUCACUGCCUGCUGACUCGGGAGUUUGAGCGGGUCGGCCUGCUGCGCUACAGAGCCAUGUUGGACCCGCAGCAGUGGAAGGAGGCCUUCUUUGUCCUGCAGAAGUCCAACCUCUUCAUAUGUCCCCGAAACGACGGAGCAGCGGAGGACAUCAUCAACCUGAACCGUCUGCAGGAGCUCAGUAUCACCUACGAGACCGAGAACCACGAGAAGAAGGACAUCCUGGUUUUGGUAGAGAAAGGCCGGACUCUCCACCUGCAGGGCGUCGGACGCACAGACUUCUCUCUGUGGUACUCGGACAUCCAGCGGGCGGCCGGCGGUAAAGGAAACGCUCUGAGGGAGCAGCAGCUGAGCAGGAACGACAUCCCCAUCAUCGUGGACAGCUGCAUCGCCUUCAUCACUCAGUACGGUCUGGGCCACGAGGGGAUCUACAGGAAGAACGGGGCCAAAUCCAGGAUCAAACUCCUGAUGGAGGAGUUUCGUAAAGACGCCCGAAACGUCAAACUGCGGAUCGGAGACCACUUCAUCGAGGACGUGACGGACGUCCUGAAGAGGUUCUUCAGGGAGGUGGACGACCCCAUCUUCAUGGCCGACCUCCACCCGCUGUGGCAGGGGGCCGCCAAGAUCCCUCAGAAGAACCAGAGGCUGGACCGCUACAAAGAGAUCAUCCGUAGUUUUCCUCGGCUCAACAGGACCACGCUGGCUGCUCUCAUCGGCCACCUGUACAGAGUCCAGAAGUGUGCAGACCUGAACCAGAUGUGCACCAAGAACCUGUCGCUGCUGUUCGCUCCCAGUCUGUUCCAGACGGACGGGAAAGGAGAGCACGAGGUGAAGAUCGUAGAGGAUCUGAUAGACAACUACCUGUACGUCUUUGAGAUCGACGAGGAGCAUCAGACUCAGAUCGAGCUGGAGAUCAGCCUCAUCACCACCUGGAAGGACACGCAGCUGUCUCAGGCCGGUGAUCUGAUCAUUGAGGUCUAUCUGGAGAUGAAGAUACCAGACUGCUGCAUCACUCUCAAGGUGUCUCCCACCAUGUGUGCUGAGGAGCUGACCAAUCAGGUUCUGUUCAUGAGGAACGUCCCGGCCGGAGACAAAGACGUCUGGAUGACGUUUGAGGCCAUCGAGGACGGACAGCUGGAGCGUCCGUUACACCCCAAAGAGAAAGUCCUGGAGCAGGCUCUGCAGUGGUGCAAGAUGGCCGACCCGAGCUCCGCCUACCUGGUGGUGAAGAGAGUUCCUAAAGGAGACGGGCUCGCCCUCCUCACCUCCUAUAAGAGUGAGAUCAUGAAGAUCGGUCUCCUGAGGUGUCGUGAAGAACCUCAGAAGCUCCUUCAGGGCAACAAGUUCCAGGAGAGGACGUUCCAGAUCAUAAACCACAAGCUGCUGCUGCUGAAGGACAAGAAGAGCAUCAAACCAGAGAAGGAGUGGUCUCUGAAGUCCAUGAAGAUCUACAUCGGCAUCCGCAGGAAACUGAAGGCUCCGACCCGGUGGGGGUUCACUGUGAUGUCACACAAACACCAGCUGUUUCUUUGCUGCAGCUCGGAGGCUGAACUGUGGGACUGGAUCACCAGCUUCCUCAAGGCUCAGAACGAGGACCCGGGUCCUCCGGUUCUGAGGCGUCACUCCUCCUCCGAUAUCUCCAAGCAGAAGUUCGGCACGAUGCCGCUGGUUCCGAUCCGAGGAGACGAGAGCAACAGCAGCAUGCUGUCGGCCAAUCAGACGCUGAGAAAGUUACACGACAGAAGGACUCUUUCCAUGUACUUUCCCAUGAAGGUGCAGCAGGACUCGUUGGAGGAGCGCUCCGAGUCUCCGGAUCUCCCCGAGCCGCUCUACGAGGAGGUCGGGGACUUCGGCCUGCAGGUCCUCAAAUCUCUGGAGACCAGCUUCCUGUCCAGCAGCGCCACAGAGACCCAGGAGGUCCCGGACCUCCCGCCGCUCAGACUGGUUCCCAUGGAGACCGGACACACAGACCACCUGAUCAUCCCCAACCCGGUCCAGACCGUGGACGCUCUGGAGCAGAGCGGAGGAGGAGAAGGAGGAGCAGACUGCAGCUCUGAGGAGCUGAACUCCUCCCAGCAGCCUGCAGCGAGGAGGAGGAGGAGGAGGAGGAGGAAGGAGCAGCUGCAGGGAGUCUGUACACCGUCACAGGAGCUGCUGCUGCAGGAGCUGUCCUCCGCCUUCACCAGGGAGGAGGAGCAGGAGGAGGAGCAGGAGGAGCAGAAGGAGGAGGAGCGGCCGUACGACGUCUGAGAGAAAACGUUCCUCCAGAGUCUGGUGGAGGAGAUCCUGAUAUGAGAUAGAACUAAUGAUUGUCCUCACAUAUGAUAUUAAUACCUUCACUAAUCAAUCAUACCUUUUAUUUCUCUGAAGAUGACGCAGGUCCCAGAUCAGAAAUAGUUUUAUUACCUCAAACUGAAGAACAUCCAUCAGCAGUUUGACUUUAUGAUAAUAUUUAGGAGGACUCUGCUGGUUUUUAGAGAGCCCGGAUUCAGGAGGACUCUGAGGGACUUCAACCUCCAACACUGUGAUUGGCUGAGAGGUCAGCUGACCUGAGUGACAUCACUGUGGGUUUGUGGCUGAAAGGCUGAAGUGAAGAAGACUGAAGGAACCGUUGUGUUUAUAUUUGACUAUAUUGUAUAAUGUUGUGUUAUAAAAUAUAAUAUUAUAUAACAUUAUAUAUAUAUAUAUAUAUAUAUAUAUAUAUAUAUAUUAUCACAUAUUAGAUAUAUUUGUAUUCUCUUUAUGCCAAAUAACAGUGUUGUCUUGUCGUCUCUUCAAUGGGCUCAUAUCGCAUCACUUCCUGUUAGUAUAAAAUGUUUAAUAUGUUGAUUUCUGGAAUAUUAAUUACAAACACUGUACUGUAAUGAUUAAGAAUAAAGAGCAUCUUAUAUAAUGAUUCUGGUUUUUCUACAGAGACGAAACAAACGACUUCUUCUCGUUCACA